AUGAGCGUGACUUCGUGGUUCUUGGUGAGCAGCACUGGCAUUCGCCAUCGGCUCCCUCGGGAGAUGAUAUUUGUUGGCAGAGAUGACUGUGAACUGAUGCUCCAGUCCCGCAGUGUCGAUAAGCAGCACGCUGUAAUCAACUAUGACAAGGAGAAGGAUGAGCACUGGGUGAAGGAUCUCGGGAGCUUAAAUGGCACAUUCGUCAAUGACGUGAGGAUUCCUGACCAGAAGUACAUCACCCUAAAACUGAAUGAUGUCAUUCGCUUCGGCUAUGAUUCAAACAUGUAUGUCCUGGAACAAAUUCAACACAAAGUUCCAGAAGAAGCAUUAAAGCAUGAGAAGUACACCAGCCAACUUCAGAUGAAUUACAAAGGCACAGCAAUGAAGAGGGCGGAGCAGCCCAUGGAGCAUGGUGUCUACUCUGAGUCCCCGCAAGCAAAGCUGGAAAAAGGAGAGAGGAAAGCAAUUACAGAGACCAAUACUUAUCGCACCCCUCUUUAUGGGCAGCCCUCUUGGUGGGGGGAAGAUGAUGCCAAUAACAAGGAGGACAGAAGGCAGGAGGACCAUUACUCAGAAAGAUCAAAAGAGAUAACCCAACAUGAAGAGGAACUGAAUGGUAAUAUUUCUGCUUAUAGAGAUACCCAAGAACAAUCUGUGUUUGCCUUCCGGAGAGAGCCAAGUUACUUUGAGAUUCCAACUAAAGAAUUUCAGCAGCCAUCAAAAUCUCCAGAAACACAGGUCCAUGAGAUCCCAACAAAGGAUGUCGAUGCUGUAGUAGCCCCUGUUGUACAGAGUCAUGCCUCUUUCACCAUUGAAUUUGAUGACGGUACCCCUGGUAAAAUAAAGAUAAAAGACCAUGUAACAAAAUUUUCGCUCAGACAGAGAAGACCCUAUAGUAAGGAUCCAGCUCAUACAGAAGUGAUGUCAGCAGAGAGCAAAGUGGCUGACUGGCUUGUCCAGAAUGACCCAAGCUUAAUGAGACGGCAGUCUCCAGGAGAUGAUGUGUACAGUACAAAGAGUGACCUGCCGGUUCAUGUGAGGACACUUAAAGGCAAUAGGCACGAGGACGGGACGCAGAGUGACUCUGAAGACCCCGUGGCGCCCAAGGCAGAGAAGGAGACGACGACGGGCAGCGAACGUGCGACGGAGCAAACCAGGCUGCAGCGCCAGAUGAGGCGUGAUCCCCACGAGAUGCUGCACAACAAGCAGGCCUUCGUCAUUGAGUUCUUCGAGGACACGCCGCGGAAGAAGCGGUCACAGUCCUUUACACACAGCGCUCACUCCUCCCAGAGCGACACCGAUCCAGGGCUGAAGACCAAGGUUGAAAAGCGCAAGAGUGUGUUGCCGGCAGAGAAGCUGGGAAAUGCAGCCCCACCAUCCCACCUCGGGGCCCAGGCAGGCAAACCCACUAACAGCUCCUCUGGGACCCAAAGAACUAGCUCCUUCAAGAGGGAGAAAACGGAGGAUCGGAUCAGCUCUUCGUCUUCCUCUGCUUCCAGAACAUCAGCCAAAACUUAUGGGAGCAUUGGGAGGAAGUCUAAAAUGGCUCAGGAUUUCAUGGCCGAGUACUUACGGGAGACUGCUCAGUCUGGGAAGCCGAGCACUGAGAAACCAGCACCCAUGCCUGUGCCGGUAGCUCCACGCGUGGUUAUAUCGUCAGAACCAGAGCCUGCCUCUGCUCCGCCUCCAGAGGUAAAGUCUGCCCAGGGCAGGAGGAAUGAUGAGGAAGACAGUGUAAGCGAGACAGGCACAUACACCAUUGAGACGGAGUCACAGGAUAAAGAGGUGGAGGAAGCACGAAAAAUGAUAGAUCAGGUUUUUGGUGUUCUUGAGUCGCCUGAAUUUUCCAGAAUCUCUUCAGCCUUUAGACCAGUAAUUAAAGGUGAAAAAGACGACUCCAGCUCUCAUCAGCAUCUAAUCAGUGAAAAUGGCACUAGUCAGAAGUCACCCUUGCUCCAGGCAUUUGCCUCAAAAGCUGUGAGUGGGUCUCAGGCUGAUGCGCAGGUACGGGCAGUCCCAGCAUCUCAAGGGAGUCAAAAGUGGGUGUCUAGGUGGGCGAGCCUUGCGGACAGUUACUCUGACUCUGGAUCUGCCCCCGGGCAGGGUGAUGGAGCUGCAGAAAGCAGUGUAGCCCCAAAACCUGGUGAACCAGAAAACGCUGUGCCCUUUAGAACAAGGCGCCUUCUUCCCCAACUCCCACCAAGUGAUAAAUCAGACAGCCCCACGCCCACGGUCCUGGUCUGCCAGGAGUCCUAUUCUGAGGUUACCAAGAGAACCAUCAUGAAGGACCACUGUGUGGAAGCCUACGGCGAUCCCAGCAGCCGCCUCUUCAUCCAAGAAGACUUGGAUCCAGACAGCCUCAGUGAUGCCAGCAGAUCUGACGAUGGCUUCAGCAUGGAAAAAGGCAAGAAAUACAAAGAGAACAAUAAAAUGCUAGAGCAGAUGGGGGAAGAAACAAAAUCAGAGAGCCGGCAGCCAGGAGCCUCCCGGGUUUCAAAUGUGAGAGCUGUAAGUGAGCCAGUUUCUACUUCAUUUUACAUUGGUGAUGACAGCAACGAUGGGGGGAUUCCCUCGAAGCUCUCUCUGAGAGUGUCCCAUGCUCGAGCAGACAAAGAUGGCAAGGAUCAGGAGUUUUCCUUCAAGGCUGCUGCCACACCAGUUCUUGGAAAGCCACCAGUCAAGGAUAUCAGGAAAAUGUGGCAGGAAAGGAAACAUCAUCUUUUGUUAGACAGGAAAGUUUUACCAAAGAUAAAUCAAGCAGUGGUGGGCGAUCCCAGCAGCCGCCUCUUCAUCCAAGAAGACUUGGAUCCAGACAGCCUCAGUGAUGCCAGCAGAUCUGACGAUGGCUUCAGCAUGGAAAAAGGCAAGAAAUACAAAGAGAACAAUAAAAUGCUAGAGCAGAUGGGGGAAGAAACAAAAUCAGAGAGCCGGCAGCCAGGAGCCUCCCGGGUUUCAAAUGUGAGAGCUGUAAGUGAGCCAGUUUCUACUUCAUUUUACAUUGGUGAUGACAGCAACGAUGGGGGGAUUCCCUCGAAGCUCUCUCUGAGAGUGUCCCAUGCUCGAGCAGACAAAGAUGGCAAGGAUCAGGAGUUUUCCUUCAAGGCUGCUGCCACACCAGUUCUUGGAAAGCCACCAGUCAAGGAUGUAAGCGCUUACAUUAAUGCAGCAGGAAAAGUGGUUAUUUCCCUUCACCAGAAUCUUCCUCAAGAUCAGGAAAAUGUGGCAGGAAAGGAAACAUCAUCUUUUGUUAGACAGGAAAGUUUUACCAAAGAUAAAUCAAGCAGUGGUGUUCCUCAAAAUAAACUCCCGCAUAUUUCAAGUCACCCUCUGCUUAAAGAUUUAGAGGCUGUUCGGUCAACCCGUAUGGACUUUGGUCAGGAGACUCAUCUUCUCCUUAAGGACACUGAAACUGCCUUGGCAGCGCUGGAAGCCAAAUUACUGAGUCAAAGCCAACAGCUGGAGCCCUCAGAAACUGCUGGUCAGCUGGAGGACUCCUUGUCAGGGGACUCUGAUGUGGACACCGCCAGCACAGUCAGCUUGGUGAGCGGCAAGAAUGUCCCAGUGAGUGCCCCAAAACGCAAAGCAGUCGCGAGUUUGCAGAAGGAGAAAUCUUCCUCCACGCCGUCCAUCCAGGACCAGUGUGGGCAGCCCAGUGCUCGGGACAGGCUGACGGAGAAGCGGAAAACGCAAGUGCCAGAGGCGUCAAACCGCACGGAGGCCACCAAACGCUUCCAGAUGAAGCGGAGUGCUGGGGCUCGAGGAUCGCUCGACUUCACAGAUGAUGAGAGAAGCUCGAGCCUGCCCUACUCGCCGGUCCCUGACGCGGUCGUGUCUGACCACGAGCACUCGGUAACCCGGCCAGUCCCCAGAAGGAAACCCUUUACUCAGGCCGCCAAGGAGGACCACAGCAAAACGACCUCGAAUGUGCAGAAAAUCCAGCAAGUUCUUACCCGCUCCAACAGUUUAUCCACCCCGCGGCCCACGAGGGCCUCAAAGCUACGUCGUGCCCGGCUGGGAGAUGCUUCGGACAAUGAAUGUGUUGAUACUGAGAAAACGGCCUCCAACCCUGAAGCCACAGCUCAGGGCCCCAAGCAAUCCACAGAGACGAAGAAGCUCUCCCGGCUGGACAUCCUUGCCAUGCCGAGGAAACGGGCAGGUUCAUUUACGGUGCCCAGUGACUCCGAGACUGCGCAGUCGAAGUCGGGGUUUUCAGGUCGGGGUGUGGAGUCCUAUCGGAAGACAGGAGUUGCGGAGGUUAGAGCUGCGGCAAGGAAAACAGCAGCCGCUGCCUCUGCGAAGCAGCCUUUCCGCAGGUCCCGUUCAAGCAGUGUCAAGUAUUCCUCCUCAUCCACAUCAAGGCGGAGACCACAGGGUUCAGAUUACACUUCUACUUCGGAGGAAGAGUAUGGCUCAAAUCACAGCUCCCCUAAACACAAACGCUCCCAUACUUCAACAGCCACACAAACACCGAGGAUACGUGGCUCUGGGCUGAGCAAGCAGAAGCACAAUGGCAGAGAAACGGAUGAUGAUGAAGAUUUUGAUGAUCACCCUGACCCCUACAACUUCAUGGCACAAACAGCAGAGAUAGCAGAAAUAGCCAGGCUCAGUCAAACCUUGGUGAAGGAUGUGGCCAUCCUUGCUCGAGAGAUUCAUGAUGUUGCUGGAGACGGGGACUCACAGAGCUCAUCGGGGACAGGACUCAGCACCUCCCUCAGCUCUGUACCCAACACUCCUGCUUCCACCAUAUCAGCGAGAGAAGAGUUGGUGCAGCACAUUCCAGAAGCAAGUCUCAACUACCAGAAAGUGCCUCCGGGAUCAGUGGAACUGAAGGAUUUUGACCAAAAUAUGAAUGAUAAUAGAGAAGAGGAUCCCUCAAGAAAAACGAGGACAAGAAACCGUGAGGAGGUAAUCUUUGACAAUCUGAUGUUGAACCCGGUGUCCCAGUUAUCACAUACAAUCCGUGAAAAUACAGAAAACCUAGCUGAAAAAAUGAAGAUUCUGUUUCAAAAUUCGGAAAGGACCUGGGAGGAGAUGGAGGCCAAAAUUAAUUCAGAAAACGAAGUGCCAAUUCUGAAGACAUCAAACAAGGAAAUCAGUUCUAUCCUGAAGGAGCUCAGGAGAGUUCAAAAACAGCUUGAAGUCAUAAAUGCUAUCAUUGAUCCUACUGGAAACUUGGAUGUAGUUGCCAGUAACAAAGCCUCUUCUGCUGCAAAACAAUCUACAGCCACUAAAGUCAGGACUGCUAACACUUCUGGAUCCACACUGGAGACUUUGUCCCCAGCACAGAUGAGAAACUACACACAGAAAUCGAACUGUGGGUCUUCUAGCUUACAAGAUUCGAAUUUCAUUCCAGAUGGAGAGAAAUAUGUGAUCUGA